AUUUCAUAGAAAUAUUAUAAAUAUGUAUACAUAUAUUCAUUGUCUAAUAAACUUUAAUAAACACGUAGUAACGUAGAAUCAACAAUAUAAAGAUGAAAUAUUUUUAAUAAAUAUUACAAAAGCCGAUAAUAAAUCUUUAUCAUAUAUUAAAUCAUUUACUGAUAUUGCUUAUAACUUCUUCUUCUCCACUAUUUUAUAUAAAUUUAUUUGCACUAACCUCUAAUUCGUAUAACAAUGUUCUCCUCUAACAACACCGAUAUGAAUAACAGAUUUGCCAACCCUGUUAAUUCGAAUAACAAGAGAACAGUCUCAAGUUCUUUGUCUCUUGAGGAACGUUUGGGUCUUCACCAAGCUAAUAAGGCCCAAAGAACAAGAAAUUGUGCAGUACCUAUUGGUAUCCCUUCUAGAAACAGGGAUACUGAUAGUACAUCCAGCAGUAAGGAUGCUCUUAUUCAAGAAUUGCUGCAGGAUCGAGCUAUGCUCAUUGCUCGCCUUGAUACUUGUGAGCAAAAGAUUGAGCAGCUUACCUCUCAAUUAGAGAUGGUAAGCAAUAGCUUAAUCCAGUUGCAAGAAUCAAGGGCACCUCCUGCUGUUGAUGAAUCCGCAUCUGAUGAUCGUAAGCAUGUCAAAGCACUUGGGGGGUUGAUCAGAAGACAGCUGGAAAGAUUGCCAGUUGAUAAACAAUACGACUACUCCAAGACGUUUAUGGAUGAGGCAAACAGAGAGACUCGUGAGUCUCUCACUGCGUUUGCUGACUUCCAUAAACAUAAAUAUCCUAUACGCGGGGAAACCCUAGAGAAGAUUCUUCGCAACAUGUUCAAUAAUAAGAAAAGAGAAUUGCAGUUGUCGGAGGAACAAAAGGCUGUAAGAAAUGCCAAAAUUGCUAAAAAUAAUAUUAGAGAAUCCAAACUUGCGCGUCGUCUGGCUGUUAUUGCUUCCAAAAAUGAAGCAAUUGAGAAGAUAUAUCCUGGACUCCAGGAAGUAAUGGUUGCCGGUUGGAUGUCGGAUGAGGAAGACGCCAACGAGAGGGAUGACGAAGGUGGUAAGAUCAUUAAGGUCGUACGCCCCGCAUUUAGAAGUGAACAGUUUAAUCAGUUGAUGGAUUUCCUUGAUGAUGAAUGGAGGCAUCCAGAAGGUAAAAACGGGGCAGCAGCUCAAAGAAGCAACCGUUUGACGAGGAGAUAUGUUGAAGAAGAUAUCCCUUUCCCUUCUCACUUGAAAGAAAGUGGUUUUCCUGAUUGGGCCUUUAGAAGUUCUUGAUUUUUUUUUUUUUUACCUGUUAUAUAAUUUUUCUUUCCUUCUAUAAACACUAUAAAAAACAAAAAAUAAAAAAUAAAAUAGAAUUUUAAAAAUAAAAAUAUUCAUAAAAUGAUAGUAAUUAUAUUAAUUUCUAUGUUCGACUAAUGUAUAUAAAGA